AUGGCUAGUCUCGACAAGCUGGCCAUUCGUGGUAUUCGUUCCUUCGAUGACAAGCAGAUUGCUGUUAUCGAGUUCUUUAACCCAGUCACGGUUAUUGUUGGCCACAAUGGUAGCGGGAAAACCACUAUAAUUGAAUGCUUGAAGUAUGCGACAACUGGGGAUCAACCGCCGAACACCAGGGGAGGAGCCUUCGUGCACGAUCCCAAAAUGGCGAAUGAGAAGGAGGUCAAGGCGCAGGUGAAGCUGAGGUUCUACGCCGCGAACCACACCCGUAUGCUGGCUGUGCGAAAUCUGUCUGUCACCAUGAAGAAGAACGGUGCAUUGACAAUGAAGACAUUGGAGAGCAUAUUAGCCUUGGCAGAUGAGAAGAAUGGCAAGCGAGCAGCAAUUUCCACGAAAUGUGCAGAGAUGGACGCGGAGAUACCUCAUCUUCUCGGUGUAUCGAAGGCGGUUCUAGAAAAUGUCAUCUUCUGCCACCAGGAGGAUUCUUACUGGCCUCUAGCUGAGCCAUCAAUUCUGAAAAAGAAAUUUGACGACAUAUUUGAAGCAACGAAAUAUACUAAAGCUUUAGAUAAUAUCAAAGCUCUUCGGAAAGAUAGGAUGGCGGACCUUAAAGCCGAGAAAGAGCGACUGGAAUCUUUGUCCAAAGAAAAAGGGCACGCUGAUAAGCUCAAAACUCGCAUGUCUGAGCUAACUGGAACAAUCGCAUCCAAAGAAAUGGAGCACGGCCAGUUGCAGAAGCAGUACGAAGAACUUGUCAAGGCUAAUGCCCGGUUUUACGAAUCUGCUACAAAGUUUCGUGAGAUCUACAUCAAGGUUGAUACUUUGAAUGAGAAGAAAGCUCGGUACCAAGAGGAAUUGGAUACCGCUCGAGAGAGCGUGAAGGAGCUGGACGGAACCGAUCAGGAGCUCACGGACCGCCUAAGGAAUUUCGACGACCAUAUGCAGCGCCAGAAACAGAAACGAUCCAUGGGAAUGAGUAAAGAGCAAGAGGUGGACGAAAUGUUAGCUGAUGAACGCAAGGCGCACGCACACAAACAACUCAUUGAGGAUCGCGAAGCGACCAUUAAGCAAAUUUGCGCCAAAUACCAGAUCCAAGGAUUUGACCAGACUCCACUUGAAAGAGACAAGGUUCUUGAAUUCAUUACCAAGCUAGAAGAUCUUCGCCGAAGACAGAAUACCGAAACUGAUAAGCUGCAGGAUGAGCAUAAUGCGAAGAGCGAAGAGUACAACACGAAAGCAAUGCGGCUUCACACUGAGCUCGAGGGACACAAACAGCAGAAGUCAGCUUUCAGAGAGCGCAUUGCGACUUCAACAGCUCGUGUUUCUGAAGCCGAGAAUGAGGUUGAUCAGGCUGAAGCCUUGACCUCACAGCUCCGUGCCUUACAGGCUGAUAUGGACGAGAAGUCUCGCCGAGUGGAGAAGUCCAAGACUGAUAUCAAAGCAGGAAAUUUUGAUCAACGACUGUCAGAUGCGAACGCCAAGGGACGAAGUAUGGAAAUGAAGCGUGACGAAUUGACCGCAGAGAUCAGGACGUUGAGUUUGCAGGCGGAUGCUAGGGCAAGACUGGAUCUCAAGAGAGCUGAGCUGAAGAGCAAGUCGAGCGACUUGAAUAACACGCUCGAGAUCAAUAAUUCCAAGUUCCGCAAGCUGGUUGGGAUCGAUGCUCAUCCUGACACUAUGGAGCGUGAAGUUGAGCGAGUUGCCAUCGAGAAGGAGAGAGAGCAUACGGAUCUAGAGAACGAAACAAAUAUUGCUAGCAAGAAUCUUCAGGCAGCCGAAGCAAACCUGUCUAACUUGAAAGCCCAGCUUUCCACGAAACAGAAGGAAAUCCAGCGGCUGGAUAAGAAGAUCGCUUUCGAAUUGAAGGAUGCCGGCUUCAGUUCCAUAGAGAGUGGCCUAAAGGAAGCGGACUAUGAAAUUGACACCCGCAAAGAGGAACUAGGCAAAACGGCGGGUGCUCAGGAUCUCUAUCUGCGUCUUCUUCAAGUAGGCAAAGGCAGAAAAUGCUGCCCAUUAUGCACGAGGAACAUGAGCGACCUGGAACUUGACGUAUAUGACAAAAAUGUGAAGGAGAACAUCAAGAAAUCGACACCUGCAGCCAUCAAAGAGACUAAGAGCGAACUGGCUAUGUGGGAGGACGCACUUAAGCAAUUGCAAGGAUUGCAGAUGGACGACAACACGCGGGAAACUAUUCAGAAGAUUGAGGCGCCUAAACUGGAGGCGCAAAUCAAGGAGCACGAUGAUGAGAUGCCUAUUUUGACGGAGAGAGCCGAAGAGGCCCUGCGGAAACUGAAUGAGGUCAAGAAGGAGAUCAAGGAGAUAUCUGCAAUGCGUCAACACGCCACUUCGGUUUCACAAACGCAGAAAGACAUCGAACGACUCAAGCGAGAGAUUUCUAGCCUCGAGUCUGAGCUUUCUGCAACAGGCUCUACAAAGACGGCCGAUGAUCUGCAGCAGGAGCUCGAUGAGCUGUCGGCGGAGAUGCGAGCAAACGACCGCGAGAAGCAGAACCUGAUGACUGAGCGGGAUCGUCUCAUGAACGCUCUUCGCAAUCAUGAUACGGAGCUCGGUACUAUGCGCGUACGAGAAAGUGAACUGAAGAGUCAGAUUCGCGAAAAGACUGCUCUUGAAGGACGUAUCAAGGAGCUCAGGUCAGAUAUAGCCAGUUUCACCAAUCAGCUUAAAGACUUGGACGUCAAAAUAGCGGAUGCGCAGGGCCCUAUCGAGAAGCUUGAACAACAGUAUCAUGAGGCGCAACGAGAAUUGAAUGCAAAGAUCUCCCGGGCGCAGCGAGCUUCUCAAGAUCUCAACAUGAGCGCAGACAAGCUAGAAAGUAUCAACAAGACCAUCGAGAAGUAUGUACGCGAAAGGAAAGCGCGUCGUCUCAAAGAAUGCAACGAGAAGAUCGAGGAGCAUGAAACUGAGAUUCAGAGACUUGGCCUCCAGUUGGAGGAUAUUCGCAGCACAAUUCACCUUAUCGACAAAGAGAUCAGUGAAAGUGGUGCAUCUGUAGCCAACCUUCGCGAAAAUCUGCGGAUCCGCCGGCUUCGACAAGAUAUUGCCGCAACACAAGACGAGAUUGAUUUGAUUGAUCUAGAAGAGGCCGCUAAAGCAAAGAGGAUAUUCGAAGAGAAGUAUAAUGUCGAGAAGCAGAGAGAAACGCACAUUCAGAGCAAGUAUGCACAUAUUGGUGGUGAACUCAGCUCACUGCAAGCUCAAGUGAAGACUCUGCAAACCGACAUGAAGGAUUACAAAGACAUCGGAAAGAAGUAUCGAGAUCAGCUCAUCAAAGUCAAGAUGUCUGACAUGGCCAACAACGACUUAGAGAAGUACGCGAAGGCCUUGGACAAUGCCAUCAUGAAGUAUCAUUCUCUUAAGAUGGAAGAAGUUAAUGAUACUAUGCGGCACCUGUGGAACAAAACUUAUCAGGGCACUGACAUUGAUGGCAUCAAGAUCAGUUCAGACAGUGAGGGUGGUGCAACGAAGCGUUCGUACAACUAUCGAGUUGUCAUGACCAAAGACAAUGUGGAAAUGGACAUGCGAGGACGUUGUUCUGCCGGACAGAAGAUGUUAGCCUCCAUCAUUAUUCGUCUCGCUCUCGCAGACUCGUUUGGGCAAAAUUGCGGUAUUCUGGCUCUUGACGAACCCACGAAUGCCCUUGACACAGAAAAUAUUGAUGCACUCGCAGCCAGUCUAGUAGAUAUCAUCAACGAGCGCAAGGGCAAUUCAAGCUUCCAACUCGUGAUCAUUACACAUGACGAGAACUUCCUUCGGAAGCUCGGUCAAAGCAAUGUCAUGGAGCACUAUUGGUGA